AUCUUGUAUUGUGUUGUGUGUAUAUACCACAAUGUCCACAAUAAAAAUAAUGGGAUGGUUAUUAUAGUAAUUAACAUUGUAUAAAGACUAUAGUGUAAUAGUAGUAGUAUAUACGUAAUUUUACAUUUCAUUUGGACCUGAUGAACUGAUUAAAUUCAACAUGAAGAGAUGAUUUUUCAUCAAAGGUUUUUUAAUAACGUUAUAGCACUGGAAUACAUAAAACUUGUUAAUCUGAUUAACUUUCAUUUCUGGAAUCGAGUAUCUCAUUGAAAAAUGGCUUGUUUGAAAGGAUCACAAAAUUAUGUUUGGUCUACAACCAGUGUACUAGGAAAAGGUGCCACAGGAGCUGUUUAUCAAGGUGUAAACAAAACAAAUGGAGAGCCAGUUGCUGUGAAAACAUUCAAUCAGUUUAGUCAUUUAAGACCAAAAGAAGUGAAAAUAAGAGAAUUCGACGUGUUGAAAAAAGUUAAUCAUGAAAAUAUUGUGAAAUUACUAGCUAUUGAGGAAGAAGAAGGCAAUGGAAGUAAAGUGAUUGUUAUGGAACUUUGUACUGGGGGAAGUCUUUUUAAUAUACUUGAUGAUCCUGAGAAUACUUAUGGUUUGGAAGAGAAAGAAUUUCUUUUAGUUUUAGAACACUUGACGGCUGGCAUGAAACAUUUAAGAGAUAAUAAUCUUGUUCAUCGAGACUUAAAACCAGGUAACAUAAUGAAAUUCAUCUGUGAUGAUGGCACAACAGUGUAUAAAUUAACAGACUUUGGUGCAGCAAGGGAACUUCAAGAAGGCGAAGAAUUUAAAUCUUUAUAUGGAACAGAAGAAUAUUUACACCCAGAUAUGUUUGAACGUGCUGUGUUGAGAAAACCAGUUAAUAAGACAUUUAGUGCUACCAUCGAUCUAUGGUCUAUUGGUGUUACUAUAUACCAUGUAGCUACAGGUAACUUGCCUUUUAGGCCUUAUGGUGGACGAAGAAAUAAAGAAACAAUGUAUUACAUAACUACAAAAAAAGAGAGUGGUGUUAUAUCAGGUAUUCAAACUACAGAAAAUGGUGCAAUUGAAUGGCAAAGAGAAUUACCUAUAAGUUGUCAAUUGAGUGCUGGCUUGAAAAAAAUUGUAACACCACUUUUAGCUGGUUUACUAGAACUAGAUUUGAAUAAGAUAUGGACAUUUGAUAGAUUCUUCAAGGAAGUUACAAAUGCAUUGUCUAGAAAAGCUGUAAAUAUUUUUCAAGUAAAUAAAGCCCAAAUACUGAAAGUGUAUAUUCAUCCAGAUGAAAUGUAUAAUAAUUUACAAUAUUUUAUAAAGGAACAGACCAACAUUGAAGAAGAUAACCAGUUGAUGAUUUUUCAAGGAAAGCUUUUUUCCAGUUUUUUCGAAGAUACAACAAAAGCAUCUGGUUUUCCAGUUACUUCGGAAAUGGAUCCUUUAUUUUUGUUCAAUGAUAUUAAUAAUAAUGUUGUGAUUGAUCCACCGGUAGAAGUUCCUAUAUUUCAUAAGUUUUCUGAUAAUGUCCAUUUAGAAAAUGACGCAACCCAAUCAAAAUUAGCUUGUAGCAUUGGUCAUUUGUGCAAGAGGUACAUCGAAAGAUAUGCAUGGGCUUCCCAACUAAUGGAGUAUGCAGUUGAAAAUUUCUCCAAAUAUAUCAAUUCUGACUUAACUGAAUUGAAUGUUGUAACACAACAUCUACUUGAAAAGAAUAAACUUCAUAAAAAUAAUGCAGAAAUUCUCCAAUUAUCCAAACGCAUUGGAAGUAUUUUGUGCAAUAAAGAUAUUCAAGGUGACUCUCUUGAGUAUACGAAGAAAAUAGAAAAACUUGAUCCUGCUUUGAGCGAAUGUUCUUCCAAAGUUGCCCAAUUGCAUCAGCGUUACAGUGUCGAAAAUACUUUGAAACUUGAAUGGGAUACUUCAAUUAGGUCAGCUGUAAAUCCGUGGAAAACUAAAGCACCUGCCAAAGCCCAAACUCUUGUUGAACAUUUGAGGGACUCCUGGCAGCACCUAGUGAGAGAUCGAGCUACUCGAACUCUUUCGUUCAAUGAUGAACAAUUCCAUAUACUGGAGGGUAUUAAAAUAACACAGACUAUCAACCGUGUGAAAAAUUUAUUAGAGUUAGAGGUAUACCCACAGUAUUCUCAAUUUUCUGAUGCUCUGAGUGAUUGGUACAAGAUUGCUCAAACUGUUUACUUGCAGACCACCAUGAUUCUCAAGAAAGAUGUUGAUAAUAUUGACAAAGCUCUCAGAAACUUUGGAGAAUCAUUUACUAUUGAGAAACUAGAAUACACAGAUGUUAUCACAGAACAAUUGAAUGUUACAAAACAAAGUAGUACAGAUCAUAGAAAAAGAAAUCAAAGUAUUAGAAAAUUGUAUGAAGCACAAAAAAUGUUGAAAAAUGAAAUUAAUAAGGAUCUCAUUAAAAAUUCUGAGUUGCUCAAUGAAAUUCAUGAAUUAACAUGUUCACAAUCAUUCGCAAUAGAUUCUCUUCUGUAAAGAAUUUUUUUUUUAAAUAAUCCAGAAUAUUAAUUGCUAUGAAGUUAUAUCAAUGACACCUUGAAAAGUAUGUUUCACCCUAACAUUCAUAGAAAUAACUGCUUCAUUGAAGGUGCUUGACAAAAAACAGUUAUUUUCUAGUUUGAGAUAAUUGAAAAAUGUUGGCCCAAUUGAUUGUAGUACCCAUCAUUUUUCCAUAUAGAAAAUAUACUAACUAAAAUUGCUUUUCGUUCCUUCAUCAAAUCGUUAUUAUGAAUUGAUGCAUAUUUGGAUAUUACUACUAUUAGAUUUGAACAUUGGUAAUUUUUUAUUAUGAAAAUAUUUCUUAUCUCUUAUAAACCAUUUUUCAUCAUUUUAAAAUUCUCUACAUUCAUACAUUUGAGUAAAUAUUGAUAACAAAAAAUAGGGAAAAUAUUCAAUAUUGACCAAAAAAAGUAUAGUGCAUGAACUGAUUUUAUUGUGAAGGGUUUUAGUGCAAUUGACCAUAAGUAUUUGAAAUCAUCUGUGACAACUUUUUAUUAUAUUUAGUCAUUAUGGGUACUCUAUAAGAAAUAUUGUAAAUAGAAAUAAAUUUUGUAUGAAAAAUUUUUCCAAAUAAGUAAUUGUUUCAAGCAUUUGGAUGUCAUAUUUUUACAUAAUAAUUUCUAUAAAAUGCUUGUACUAUU